UUGACUCUGGAGGAAGAAGGUGUCCAUGAUGACAACUUUGAAAUACCAACAGUAGCCAGGGGGGUUGUAAUUACCUGCGUGCGUUAGCGAACAUGUUUAUCGCCGGUCGUCGCGUCGAGUGUCGUCUCCGUUUGGAUCUAGCUUAGCCGGACUGGGGCUAGCUAACCAGCUAGCAUGAACUCGGGCCGUCGCUGCUUUUGUUUACAUCCAGUUCUGAUGAUGAUGAUGGGCCCGGAGAGGUGUGUUAGCUAACCCUGUUACCAGAGCUGUUUCAGGGGGAAAGUGACAUCCUAAAGCCCGGGGGUCGACCAUCCAGCAGCUGCCACCUAAGGGGUAAACUCACCAGCAGGUUUAACUUUUAAAUACACUUACUUGAUGGAGGUGUCCUCACAGGAUCCAUCCCUCAUGGCUAUGGACCUGUCAAAGAGCUACAAUCCCCUGACCCGCAGCCACACCGAAGCCAUGGACCUGGCAAAGAAGCCGGAGUGGUACCACCGACGCCCGCCGAGCUGCAGCACAGACAUCGCCUCCUCGUACAGAUCCAGAGCCUCGUCAUCCUACAACUCUCUCUCCACGCAGCCAGGAGCACUUGUCCACUGCAGAGACAUGGAGCAGGGCCCUGAGACUUUAGGUAACUACAUGAAUUCAACACUAGCUCCGGGGCUGGAUCUGUACCACGACGGAGUUCACAGCAACCUGUGGCAUCCGGGUUUCUACGGGCCCGACCAAAGUGGCGGGCCGGUUCCUGAAAGCAGCGGCGGAGAGGAGAGCGACAGCGGUUCUGAUGUUAUUUUCCUUGUUUCCUCAGCGAAGGAACCGCUCAUAUGCAGUUCUUUCAUCCAAGACAGCGUGAGGCACAUCGUGGAGCCUCUGUCCCCGGCUGUGUCCUCGCUGGAUGAGGGGAGAAGUUGCUAUCACCUACCUCAGCCGCUGAGCUCGCCCAGCCCUGACAGCUCGUACUCAGACGACUCCUCAGACAGCUCAGUGGACAUUCCCGUUCAUCACACCAGGCCUGUAGUCCUCCUGUCAGACCUCAGUGCUGUUUACGGCAACCCGGCUGAAUCUCCCGUCGACAUUUCCAGCGAUGACAGCGACGUUAUCGAAGUUUCAGUCACUAAUGAAAAGAAGAAAAGCCACACCUGUCCUUACAAGAAGAAUGUUCCUUGUAAGAAGAGUCUGUUGAGAGAAACUCCCCCUCAGAGUGAGGCGGAAAAGGAUCCACCUAAAGAAGUGCGACGUAGUCCCAGAAUCAGAAAACCUGUCUCUGAAAUGCCUCAGUUUACCUGCAGUGUGUCUCGCCACAGUUUGAGGAGACAGGUCAAAAAUGAUGCGGUGGGUAUCUAUAAUGAAAGUUGUGAUUCUGAUGACAUGAUGGAGUACGCGGUGAGGUUGUCCAGCCCAGAGGCAGACGAGCCGGUCUCACAGCCGAAUGUGUCCGAGAGAGUGAGCAGUAUUUCGGAGGAGUCUGAUGUGGACGAUCGGACAGAGAAGAAAUCAGUGCAGAGUGAGCAGCAGCCUCAUAACAGAGCUUCUUACGCAAAGAACAUCAAACGAAAGAAGCCCCUCACCAUUCAAAAAACGAAAAAGUUAAGACGAACCAAACAAAAACAAACACACAGAAUCCCCCCACAGCAGCACCAAAAGGCCUCAUCGUGCAGGAGUGUAUCAGUAAACAAAAAAACGGUCACCAGAAGGAAGAGUAAAAAGCGAACUCAGACGGGACCUUCUGCUCUGUUUUCUCCCAGAGAGCCAGAAAUCAAGCUUAAAUAUGCAAAGAUCAAAGGGGAUAAAAAAGACAAGAAGUCUGACAGUUUUUGUCCCUUUGUUCACGUGGAGCAGAGGAUUUGCACCGUUGUCAAUUAUAAAGAAGAGGAGGUGACAGUGCGGAGCAGCAGAGGAGGACAGCAGCAACCAGCUGCCAGGUCUCUGUCUGGAUUUGUUCCCAGUACGUCCUGUUUCCAGCUGGGUCGGCUCAGCUCGGAGAGCAGGUGUCAGGCUAUGCUGCUGUGCUGCCUGUGCGGUCAGACGGCCAACAUCACAGGCCUCGGGGACCUUCAUGGCCCUUACUACCCUGGCAGCCCGUCUGUGGACUGCCAGAGCUGCAAGACUGAGCAGAAAGAGGAAGAGAACUUACACGGACUCGCUAAUAGCCAUUCCGUGAAUUCCUCAGAUGGUGGUUGUGAUGGUCGUGACUGCUUCGCUGUCAAAAGUUUGCAAGACGGAGACAGCAACUCUCUCCCAAAGGUGCCUCUUCAUCUGGAUGAGUGCUGGAUCCACGAGGACUGCGGCAUCUGGUCCACCGGUGUCUUCCUAGUCAGAGGGAAGCUGUACGGGUUGGAGGAGGCGGCUCGGCUCGCACAGGAAACAGCGUGUUCAGCAUGCCAACAAACAGGUGCAAUAAUGGGCUGUUUCCAGAAGGGCUGUCCCAGAAACUACCACUACAGAUGUGCCAUCCAGUCAGGCUGCGUCCUCAAUGAAGAGAACUUCUCAAUGAGAUGUACAGAGCACAAGAACAAACCAUUCACAAGUGUAACCAGACAACACAAGAGAUGAUGCAGAGGACGUGGGGGCACUGGAGAACGAUCCACAGAUCUCCUCAGGGUGCGACGUGAGCUGCCUGACUUCACCUCUGCUGUUUUAUAACACUAAUUAAUGUGUGUGCUCGAGCAGAAGGACAAACCUUCUGGUAAGAUUUCACUCGUCAUGACAGACAGUUAAACCAGGGGCCACUGUAGGACUUUUAUAAGACGUGUCUUUGUUUUGUUCUAUUUCUGUUCUUUUGUAGGGUUGCCUUUAACACAGGCAGUUACACCAAUUGGACUGAGCCAAGAUGGGGUGUGUGUGUGUGUGUGUGUGUGUGUGUGUGUGUGUGUGUGUGUGUGGUGUGUGUGUGUGUGUGUGUGCGUGUGUGCGUGUGCGUGUGCGUGUGUGUGUGGAACUUUGUAUUUAUUCCUCCUCUUGAAGAUCCACACUUGGACUAGCCGCGUCACAAAUACAGUUCAUUAUUUGAACAUAAAUAAAUAUAUUAGAGUUUAAAUUAGCUUUAUUAAUAUGUUGUAUAGAGUAAAAUAUCUUUAUAUAAGGCCACUUUUCUUUCUACUGUUUUUCUACUACUUUUCUAUUACUGUUUCUGUUGUGCUUCAGUCAUAACAUAAUUUAUUUUCAUCAAGAUGCAUGCACAGUUGAUGUUUGCUAUGAUGCACUUUAUCCUAUAAUUUUCAGCCGUUUAUGUCUGUUUGUAGACUUUGUCCUUCCUUUUCUAAUACAAUUAUUUAAAUUUAAUAUAAAGCUGCACUAAGCAAGAUUUAUAUAUAAAAAAUAUUGAAUUUCUGUCUAAAUCACAAAGUAGGGCCCGCAGAAGAAGAUUUCCCAUCCACACUAAGUGAGACCACAAACUGUACAUUCACCAUAUUCCAGUGAAAUUGUUUCUGGUGUCAGGUUUAGAUGCUUCUCUGCUAACAGGAUGUGGAAAUUUAAAACUGACAAACAGCAACAACACAGCAAAAGAUGCAAGUAUCAGUGUUCUGUGUUUUGUGGCAGCGCUGGUAUAUUUUUCUCUUAUGUCAUGUUAGAGGGAUUUCAGAAAAUGUUCUGUUAAAAGGUCACUUCAACCAAAUCACAAAAAUCACUCACCCCAAGUCUAAUUCAGAUAGUUUUAGCUUUUAGAGCUGAGGAAAAAAAUGACUUAAAUGAAUAUUUGUUUCAGUAAUUUUUCUAGCAAGAAUGCUCAACAAAAAUACUGAUUCCAGCUUGUCAAAUGUGAGGAUUUGCUUCUUUUCCCUCUUUUUUUUGUUUUGUUCUGUUGGUCGGACAAAACAAACGAGAUGAAUAUGUCGCUUUUGGGCUCUGGAGAAUUUUAAUAGGCUUUUUCGCCAUUUUACAGACAAAACUAAAAAUUGCAGUAAAAAUAAUCCACAUCUUAAUCGAUAAUUGAAACAAUUCUUAGUGUCAGACUUGUUGGUUUUAUUUGCAGAGAUUUUGAGAUCUUCUUCUCCCCUCCAGCCACAAUUUAAAAACUUUUUUCUCAGGUUUCAGUUUUUUUGACAGAUAAACAGAAAGCACAAUGUUGCUAUGGUUUCAGUGACUUAUGCUGCAGGCUACGACUCGAGCCCCAUUGUUUUAGCUUGUAUUUGGUCACAUUUCUUUUAGCAAAUUAGCAUCAUUAAAAAUAUGAUGAAUCAGCUAUUAGCAGUUCCUGUUUGCAAUGUACCCAUUGAUGUGCAGGAAACUGUCACUGAAUUACUUUGAUAACAAAGAAAAUGUAAAAAUGUUCUGAUUCUCAGGCAAGUUCUGCAGUUAUAACGAGUGACUUUUUUCUAAGACGCUCUUUUCACCUUCUAUAUGCAAUUGACUUCGGAGACAAUGAAAUCCUCGGGAAGCAUAAGUCAAGCGGGAUCAAAAAAUAUGUGUAUUAUAUCUAUGUGUUCAGAUUUUACUGGGUUUUACUCCCAGGAAAACUGUUUUAAUUGCCUGAAAAUUCUCAACAAGUCUGUGGGUGAUCCUCAGCAAAUCAAACUAAGAAUAAUUACAUAACUUGAUGAAGUGCAACUGGAGCUGAAGUUGGAAAAUAUGUUUUUGUGAUUUGCAUGAAUUGGCCCUUUUAAUAUAUUUGUUACCUCUCGUUGCCAUGUGGAGCUGAAGUCACCUAGCGUAGCUUUAAUUAUCCAUUUUUGUAUGAUGUCUUGUAUUUCAGUUUUCAUGAAUCAUUACUGGACUGACAUGACAGAUGAGAAACAGGCAUUCAUUGUUUAAAAAGAAAGAUUUUAAGUAAAUUGUCAGAGUUUGGUUUCAUGUCUGCACUUACUAUUAUUUGAGGAAAUAAAAAGAUAAUUGUUAUUUAAUAAAGGUCAAUAAAACUGAACUGUCUUUUCUUGAAAAAGAGAUUUAGAAAUGACAGGAAACAUU